CGUUGUUUUUGACGAUUCCAAUGUUAUUGUCUUGUGUUCAUACGCCCACGUAGCCUCCCCAGCCCAGCAGGGCUUGACUCAAUAUUGAUUUUGUGAGGAGCACUAGGCCCCGUGAGCUAACCUCUCGGCAGCAUGUUCGAGGGCGCGGUGGCCGGCAUCCUCAACCGGCUGCUGGGCAAGUACGUGCAGGACCUGGACACGGAGAACCUCAACGUGGGCAUCUUCUCCGGGAAUGUCAACCUUACCGACCUCAAGCUCAAGCCUGAAGCCUUGUAUGAACUCGACCUCCCAAUCGAUGUGAAGAUCGGAACAAUCGGCCGGAUCAAUCUGCAGAUACCAUGGUCCGGUCUCUACACCCAGCCAGUGGUGGUCCACAUCGAAGAUGUACUGGUCCUCGUCGGGCCAGCCAUUUCCAACAGCUACUUCGACCCAGAAAGAGAGAAGCGCCUCACGAGGGCAGCCAAGAGGAAGAUCCUCCAGGACUUAGAAGCAGAAAGCGAGAUCUUAAAGGGACCGCAGAAUUUCUUCGAGAAUCUAUUCACGGCGAUCGUGAAUAACUUACAGAUUUAUGUCAGGAAUGUCCAUGUGAGGUACGAGGAUUCGAUCAGCUCCAAGGACGGACCACUGGCUUGUGGCCUUUGUCUCCAGAGUCUGUCCAUUGAGACUACUAACAGCAAAUGGAAGCCAUCAGUGACCCCAGUGGAUGCAACCACGGUGUACCAGAUGAUGCGCGUGGAAUCGCUAUCUCUUUACUGGAAUCCGACGGCGACUGCGCUGGACGACAAUGAAACCGCGCAUAUCACACCUAUGCAGUAUUACAACUGGAAGCACUACAUGCUGACAGGCCUGGACAAGUUCUCUAUGCACCAUGAAGACUUCGAGUUUUUGCUGAAGCCAGUGACUUGCAAGGUGAAGGUGCUCAUCAACCGCUCCGGCGAGGCGCGGGUUCCUCGCCUGUUGCUGGAUGCCGUAUUACAGGACAGCGCGCUGCAGCUGUCGCGCCGCCAGUUCCUGUCCGUCGACAACCUGCUGGCUUCUUUCGCUAGGAUCAAGCUCAACAGGAAAUACCGCCACUUCCACCCUGGAGUACCAUUAUACAAAGACGUGAAGAAAUGGUGGAAAUACGCUUACAACGUUGUCGUGGAACAACGAGUCAGGCCCUAUUCCUGGGCCGCCAUCAAGAAGCACAGGGAAAACUACAAUGUAUACAAGAAGACCUACAAGAGUACCCUGAGGAGCCCCAAUGAUACAGAGCUGAAGCUGGACCUUCAGAAGUGCGAGGACAGUCUGCCGAUCAUCUCUGUGGUCAUAGCCAGGGAGCACGCCAAGUUUGAGCUGCUCUCCCAAGAGCCAGAGACAAUUGAAGUCGUAGAAAGCGAGUACGACUGGUGGAAGCCGACCAGUCCAUCAUCAGAAACCGAACCGGAGCCCGAGAAGCCUCACUCCCGAGUUGAGCUGUGUGUCAAGCGUGGAAGAUGUCGUAGUCCGUGGGGACAGCUGUCUAGUAAUGAGCGAGCGCGCGUGUGUGAACUCAUUGGCUACGUAGAAGGUGCUCCGAGCAAGGACUCCUCUAAGCAGUGCAUCGAACAUAAACUAAACUUGACGCUGGCGAACUGUUCACUGACAUUAAUGAACAGGAGCAAGGAAGUUAUGGUCGUCACUCUCACACAGUUUCUGGCGUCUUUGGAAACUAGACCAUCAGCAAAAGCUUAUAAGCUGUCAGCUCGAACAGAAAGCAUAGUGAUCGAGGGCGCGUCGUCCGACGGCGAGUUGGUGCCUCUAUUGACGCCCGAGCGCGGCGCCGGCGCCGGAGCCAACCUGCUCGCUGUGGACUUCGAGCGCAACCCUGUCAACAGCGACGCUGACUAUGGCCUCACUGUGCUGUUGGAGCCGGUGGAACUGCUCUAUGUUGAGCACGCGUUCACCGAGCUGAUCAACCUCUUCCAAACGCGGCCCAUGUCGCGCCAUUCCCUAAGCGCUGCUAUGACGUCAGCGGCCACUAGGGCUGCCCGCGUCAGCCGCGCGGCCCUAGUACACGCCGUCAGCCGCCGUCAGCUGUUCCACGUCAGUGUGAGCGUGCGUGCGCCUUGCGUGCUUCUGCCGGAGCACGCGCGGCCUGGCAGGUCAGGCCGUCUUCUAGUCCUGGACAUCAGCCGAAUCGUGAUCAAGUCGGACCUGCAGCCGCCAAACCUGGCGCUGGAAGACGCCACGUGCAUGGAGCUGGAAGAGCGCCUCUACGAUCGCCUGCAUGCUGAAUGCGAGUGCCAGGUGUUGUUCUGCGAAUGGGACGACCCCUGGAGGGAGCAGCGGAAGCACGCGGACUCCGAGCUGCAUCUGGUCCCCAAGAUCAAGAUGCAAGUGGUCUUCUCCAACAGCAUCAAGAAAGACUACAAGCUACUGCCGAGAUAUAAGCUCAACAUCUCUCUCUCCAGCUUAAAAUUCAAUCUGUCAGACCGUAUCAUCGGUCUCUUACUAGAUUUCGCCGACAACUUACCCAUGCCAGUCCCCAAUACCGUGCCGGUCUCAUUCCUGGACUCUGGAGACUACGCUGAAGACCUAGACGAUCCAGAAUUGGCUGAAUUGUUUGAAUUGGACACAGUGACGGGAGAUCCCGAGUACCCUGACUUGGUCAAGCUGAGGCAGAAGAUUGUGGCGGCUUAUUUGAGGAGCAGCAGGGCGGGCGAGUCAUGCAUGGACCGCGACGGCGCCCGCCUGGGCUUCCAGGCGGCGGCGCCGGCCUUCCUCUCAGCAGAGCACAGCGAUGAAGAUAUGGAGCUUUACGCGCGCUCCGUCGACCUGCCCGGCUUCGACGACAACGUGUCCCCUAGCAACCACAUCAACGUGCUGCUGCGGUUCGUCGUCGGUGAGAUAGUGAUCAACCUGUCCCGCUCGACGGAGCAGGUAGACAGACCCUACGUGAUGCUGAGUGUCAGCAAGGCGUGUGUGGACGUGGCUCUCAUGGCUUACGGGCCCGCUGUCCAGCUGGCGGCUCGACAACUGCUGCUGGCUGACAAGCUGCAUAGAAGUGCAUCUGGGCAGUACUUGGAACUGCUGACAAGUGACGGCGAGCUGUUCAAUCUGCUGUAUAGGAAGGUGCGCGCCGAUUGCCCGGAGUUCCGCUCACACUUCCACAGCGUGGAACAAUCCCUGGUGGUGGACGUGGGAGCGUUAUCGGUGCUGUUGCACGCGCCCGCGCUACACACGCUCGUCAAGUACCUGCAGUACGUGGGCGACAAGAUACAAAACCGCCGGGCCCUGAAUAUAAAGAAGGUGGUAGCGCCUCGAGCCCAGACCCUGUGGGACUACAUUAUGAAGCCCGAGGCCGAUCCGCCCGUUCCUCCGGGCGCCACCAAGUUCAGUUAUUCAGUCAGGGCCACAUCUUUGAGCUUGCGGCUGUGGCAGCUAGACAGCGCGUUGUUAGAGCUGCGGCUGAUAGCGCUGGAGAGCGACUGCGUGUUCCGCGCCAACGACCGCUGCGUGUUCCGCCUGUACCUCAGCUCGCUGCACCUCGACGACCUGUCCGAGGCCACGCUGUACCCCAAGCUGGUGUGGCCGGACGAAGACAAAGUACUGGAGAUCAAGUACGUGCGCGCAGCCCCUCGGUUGUACGGCGACGCGCAGCUGAAGGCGCACGGCGAGCUGCGCGUGCACGUGGGCCGCGUGCACGUCGUGCUGUUCCACUGCGUGCUCAUGCAGCUGCAGCAAUUCCUAGAGCCACUAAUUCCGGCGGCGGCGGCGGGGCAGGCGGCGGCGGCAGCUGAAAAGGCGGCGGCGCGUGCGCGGCCCCUGCGCUCAACCGCUGCGCGCCUCAACCUCGUCAUACAGAUACAUGCACCAGUCCUACUAUUACCUCAGAAGCCAUCUUCGCCCAACUUACUGGUUCUCAACAUGGGUGACUUGUCCAUAGAGAACUUCUUCAAGCUAGUGAACCCGGGCCAGGACGCGAGCAGUCCCGUGCAGAGCCCCAUCAUAGACAAUAUACUGAUCAAGCUCGUCAACGUCACGCUGUCUAGGGCCGUGAUGACGUUAGCAGGCACUUUGGAAGUACAGGAGCCGAUCCUCGAGCCAGUAUGCGCUCGCUGCGACAUGAAGCGUCUGGUAGCAGGCGGCGCCGGCGCAGCGCGGGAACACCCGGCGUUAGAAGCUGACGUCAUCGUGGACAGCGUGCUGCUGAACGUGGGACAGCGCGACCUGGCCACGCUGCUCGCCGUGUGGGCCGACAACCUGAGCGAGGCGCACUACAUCGGGAACAUAGUGCCAACUUCUCCCGUUGAAGUGGCGCCCUCAGAUGCUUCGGUGAAGAAACUUCAAGCGUUCCUGGCACAAGGCGAGCCUAUCAGAAAAGAGGCUGUAUUUAGGUUCACCCUCGAAGGCGUCGAACUCAAACUAUUCUCGGAUAUGGAUGAAGUUCUAAGCUCGCCCGUGCGCGAUCUGAACCAUGGCUUAGCGAAACUAACCGCUGGCGAGGCGACGGUGCAACUGGACUAUUACUCGGAUAGCAGCACAGAGAUGAAGGCUAGCUUGCAAAGCUUGCUCAUUGAGGAUAUUAGGCCUGACCCCACUAUUGUGAUCAAGAGAAUCUUCCAAUGCCAAGGCGGUGCCACCCGAGCGUCCGGCGGCAUCAGCGUCCGGCGCCCGCCGCUCAUAGACUGCAGCGUGCGCGUGGGAGCGGCCCGAGCGGCACAGGUCGACGUGCGCGUCGACCGCACGCGCCUCAACCUGGCGCCGCCCUUCCUGCUGCAGCUGGCCAAGACUCUGCUGGACGCCGUGCCAGGUACUCGCGGCCUUGUGUCACAGGACACAGAGCCCAUUGUCGCCUGCGGGGACCGCACGGCCUCGACCGGGCGCCGCCCUUCCUGCUGCAGCUGGCCAAGACUCUGCUGGACGCCGUGCCAGGUACUCGCGGCCUUGUGUCACAGGACACAGAGCCCAUUGUCGCCUGCGGGGACCGCACGGCCUCGACCGGGCGCCGCCCUUCCUGCUGCAGCUGGCCAAGACUCUGCUGGACGCCGUGCCAGGUACUCGCGGCCUUGUGUCACAGGACACAGAGCCCAUUGUCGCCUGCGGGGACCGCACGGCCUCGACCGGGCGCCGCCCUUCCUGCUGCAGCUGGCCAAGACUCUGCUGGACGCCGUGCCAGGUACUCGCGGCCUUGUGUCACAGGACACAGAGCCCAUUGUCGCCUGCGGGGACCGCACGGCCUCGACCGGGCGCCGCCCUUCCUGCUGCAGCUGGCCAAGACUCUGCUGGACGCCGUGCCAGGUACUCGCGGCCUUGUGUCACAGGACACAGAGCCCAUUGUCGCCUGCGGGGACCGCACGGCCUCGACCGGGCGCCGCCCUUCCUGCUGCAGCUGGCCAAGACUCUGCUGGACGCCGUGCCAGGUACUCGCGGCCUUGUGUCACAGGACACAGAGCCCAUUGUCGCCUGCGGGGACCGCACGGCCUCGACCGGGCGCCGCCCUUCCUGCUGCAGCUGGCCAAGACUCUGCUGGACGCCGUGCCAGGUACUCGCGGCCUUGUGUCACAGGACACAGAGCCCAUUGUCGCCUGCGGGGACCGCACGGCCUCGACCGGGCGCCGCCCUUCCUGCUGCAGCUGGCCAAGACUCUGCUGGACGCCGUGCCAGGUACUCGCGGCCUUGUGUCACAGGACACAGAGCCCAUUGUCGCCUGCGGGGACCGCACGGCCUCGACCGGGCGCCGCCCUUCCUGCUGCAGCUGGCCAAGACUCUGCUGGACGCCGUGCCAGGUACUCGCGGCCUUGUGUCACAGGACACAGAGCCCAUUGUCGCCUGCGGGGACCGCACGGCCUCGACCGGGCGCCGCCCUUCCUGCUGCAGCUGGCCAAGACUCUGCUGGACGCCGUGCCAGGUACUCGCGGCCUUGUGUCACAGGACACAGAGCCCAUUGUCGCCUGUGACUGUACGAGGGGUAAUCUGGCACCUUUCAUACUACAGAUAGACAGAACAAAACUGAACUGA